GGGCGCGUGACAUUUAAGUUCAAUAUGGGUAUUUCCUUCUUUCGUUUUCGUGGUAUUUCGUGACAAGAAAUCAUGUUACUUUAUCAUCCUGAUUGAAAAGCCAGUGUCCUUAAGGAUAUGAGCAAAAUGGCAGAUUUUAGUCAUCAGGAAAACCACGACGAUUAUCUAAGAAAAAUGGAAGUAGAAAACAAGAAAUUAAAAGAACAAGUAAGCACACUUGAGAGGACCAACAACCACCUGAACAAAUUGUUAAGUGACGUCAAAAGUCUGUUAGAAACAUUUGGUGUUCAAGAUGGUCCAACGCUGAAGAACACUAGUAACGCAUCAGUGACUGGUUGUCAAUCUGCGAUAGGACUUGUGGUUAGUGAUUCGUCUAAGCGCGAACAAGAUCAAAAAUUGGCACCAGGGACAGAUCAUACGCACAGUCCGCGAAAGUGUCCUGAAGUAGAAACUGCUGUGAAUUCCGGAGGCAAAUGUGAACCGUUAGUGUUUACAACCUUGCCAUUGCCAUGGUCCGAGCUGAGGAAAAAGGAAUUAAAGAAUUCUCAAGAUGAGCGACGUUUACGUCAUUUCCUGUGUAAAGCCAUCACAGCACAUGCAAGUUUGUUGGCAUCUGAAGGAUUUGGACUACAAGCGUCUGACUUUCCUGAUCGUCUUGUGUCACGUGGUUGCAUAACAGAAGAAGAAUGUAGCAAAUUCCUGAAUUCUUCAAAUAAACCUAUCAAUCUAAUGAGGGUUAUUUUGGGACUGGUCAUAAGAAGGGAUUGCAAUACGUUAUUGUCCUUCAUCGAAAUCCUUUUCCAAUAUAAUGAAUAUUUAGCAAAAGAAAUCACGCAAACAUAUGAUAGCUUUAUGAGCGGCCACGAUGACUUAUCUCAGGUGCAAGACUUGGAUUGCUCGCAUUGUCUUCUACGGGAAAGGGUAGAACCUGUUCUUAUUAUAGAUCGACUGAUUGGCCGCAACUACCGCAAGUGGCUACCAUUUUAUGAACAAGUCACACGUUGGGAUAACGUGCCAGAGAAGAGGGCUUUCUUGUGGGAUACAUUCAUGGCCCAAGUAAAUAACGAGGGUGUUUUUGCCGAAAUAAUGCCUGACACUAUAGAGGCCCUUGAAGCAUGUGGAUUUCAUUCGGAUAUUGUAAAUAGCUUACAUGAGGACCAACGUACUGGAAUUAACAGCUUUAUAUGCAGACAUAUAUCCCUUCCAGAAGAAACGCUAAAAUACAGCAACGAUGUUAAAACCAAAGUAUCUGAACCAAAGAUGCACGAAAUAAAACUAAAUGACAUAGCAGAUGAUAACAACACCAGAUUGAAAGAAAAGUUCUGUCCAAUGAUUCAAAAUGUGUCAAAUGAGAGUGUGGAAAACAAAAUGCAAGAAUUGAAAUCAUUCGAGUCGGAAUCAAUGCCUUCGGUUGGACACACUGAGGACGAACAAACGAAUAACGGAACGCAAAAUGGCAAUGCCAAUUCGUCGUGUACAAUACAUGUAUUGCUCGUUACCGAUUCUAAUAUCAAAAUAAGCAAAAGGGAAGAUAGAUAAAACUAUUUUCUUAAAGUAUUUGAAGAAACUCAUGGCAGGAAAUAUAUCAGUAUUUGAAACAGGCGUGAUAACAGUUCUUGCGUAUAGUGCUGAAGAAAAACAAAAUCCAGCUAACUCUGUGUAUGCUUGCAAUGCAGUCAUUUGUCUCUCUUUAUUACCAGUACCACUAUGAUUUUAAACUUAUUUUCUCCAUCAGUAUUCUUGCAUAAAUUGGAUAUAAUAAUACGUUUACAUUUUCUCA